UCAUGAAAUUAUUAUAGUAGUAAUGUUUAAACAUUUUACUAUUCAAACAGUAUGCGUAAAUAUAACCUUAAAUUCUUGUUUCUCAAUUGCUUAGUUUUCGUAUUAGCUGAUGAUUAUGAAUCUGAUGAUAAAUUAUAUCUGCUGGUAUCAUCAGACCAGCACCAAUACACGCCGCGUCUGGAGGACUUCUUCUGGACAGGGUCUGGGGACGGGCCCCCGCCCCCACCAGAUCCUCCCAUCAUCACGCCAGUCCAGCCUUCAACGCCGGUGGUGCGGACCACAACUGUCCUCGCUACUGUAUACCUCGAUUCAUACCCACCACAGGCGGUGACGGACAAAACGACAGGCGAGUGCAUGCUCAACUGUGGAGAGCCUGGAGUCCCAGGUAGCCUGGAGCCAGAGAUCCCCGAGGAUCGAAGGUACUGGCUCCUCACUGUCAUACAGGGAUCAACUCCAGAUAGCCUGCAAUUGAGACUCGCUAGGUUGUACCAGAAAGCCUUCUUGAGGCAACAAGAGCGUCACCUAGGCAUCAUAAAAUCCUUAGACGCGCCGCCUGCCCGAAAAAAACAUGACGUGCAUUCCUUCGUAGUUAAUAAAGAUAGUAUAAAACCAAAUACUCAGAAUACUGAAACGCCAUUCAAAUACUUAGACAGCUCCAUGAUAGCUCCUGUGGAGUCAGCUGGAACAUCAAUGAACAGCGAUGCGUAUUUCAAUACUAAAGUACUCAACUUUUCUGGUGAUUUCGUUUAUCCCGUAAACGUAGAAAUGUUAUCUAUAGACACGAACAGCGUUUCGGUUAACGCUGAAAUAAAAGCUACAAAGUUAAAUGAAGUAGAGUCGUGGAUAUUGGCUGCACCCACUGUCGUGAUACGAAAAAGAGAAGUGACGGAUGGUGAGGAACUUAAAGAAGAUCUGAUAGACAUACCUUUGGAAUCAGAGGGUAAUGAGACUCAGCUGUUCAAACGGGAAAUAUUAAGGCCGGAGCAGCAGCCGCCGGUUCAAGUACACAUUCAAAACAUUACAGAGUCCCCAGAUACAGGCAGCGUUCAGAUAGUGUACGUGGUGUUGGUCGGAGGCCGGGCAGUGCCAGCUGCGGUCGCUGCGAGAGACAUGAGACUGGUCCGAGACGCCGAGGUGGCUCGGGAACUUGGGGCCGUAGUUACUACCAAGGCUGAGCCAGCGUACUUGAAGACGGCGGAGGGUCUGGAGGGCGAGGCGGGCGGGGGCGUGCAUGGGACAGAACUGUGGGCGCUGGCCGUAGGGGCGACUGUAGCAAUACUCUUACUGCUUGUCAUACUGGCAUUGGUGUGUCUAGCUCAUAGGAAAAAAGCAAUGAAGUCAGCAGCUUCCCUACGUGCGUAUCGAACGGAACUGAUGCGUGAGGCGGAGCGGAAUCAGUUGAAGCAAGUUCACGAGGAGAAAGAUGGACGGUUGAUCAGUGUCGUGUCUCCUAGUCGGACUAGACCUAGUAGCACUCUUCUGCCAAUAUACAGAGCUGCCAGCGCCGCUAGUAGUUCAUCAACGACAUCAUCUGGAGUUUCUGAAGUGGCCUCAGCAUUUAGGCGACGGCAUAAGAAGCCACAUGCUCUAAGAAUGCCGCAGAAGAAAAGAGUGGGGACGACAGACAGCUUGUUGGAAGCCGCGGGCCUGGACAGUUCCGACAGUGGCCAGCCUUCUGCGCCCCCCACACCUACCUCAUAUCUCUCCAUGCCUUCUGUCAACGCUUUUCCAAGAGGCAACGUAGUAGAGCCUCUCUCUCGCAUCCUAGAACCGGUAUCAGUUCGUCAUCUCGACAUAGACUCUCCGACAACAUCGCCCAAAAAACAGGAUCCCAAGAAGGACGUGGUGCCUCGAAGACAGAUGGCUUCCCAAUUGGUGAGGCUCGGCAGUAUAGAUAAGGAUCCCGGGGUAAUCGGACCACUGGUCUGGGAUCUGCAUUGUCAAAGGAUCAAAGAUGCAUCCAAGCCGUCGAGCCCAGCGAAAUCGACAGGAUCCCGCAAGGAGCCUGGACCAUCCCGUAUGAGGCAGAGGUUCAACGAGCUUAUGGACGAUGCCUUCACCCUGUUCGGCAGCGUGGGCUCCAGCCCCAACUCACACGACACCUACACAGUCGAUGAUAAGGAGAAGAAACAGAGCCAGAGUCAAGAAUCGGAGGAACAAUUGGCGCAAGCUCGUAACGACAACGUACGCCUGCCGGGGUCGCCUUACACUGCCAUGGAUACGGUGCGGGGUCGAUCAGCUGGGCCGGGUCGCGCGGGGCCUAGCAGCGGAGGGGGCGCGGUCGGGGGCGCGGGGGGCGCGGCGGCGGGGGCGGGGGGCGCGCGCCCGCGUACGUCCUUCGCGCGCACCGCGGCCGAGCGCCGCGUGCCGCCGCCCGCGCGCGCCUGGGGGGACAACACGCAGUCCCUAGGCUCGAGGCCGGUGGUGAACCCCGCGCUGGUCCUGACCGAGGGCCGGCUGGCGGCCGAGGACCCCGCCAUCCCGCUCAUCUCCGCCAUCAAAACAGAGAUACAGCGCAUCAAGGAAACUGCCACCAAACCGAAGCCAAACUGAUUCAUUCGUACCUAGUUGUUAAGAUAAACACUUGAAAAUGUAAUUAUGAAUACUUAUAUUUGUUUUAAAUCAUAAAUAAUACAGAAUUACCCAACCAAUUAAGCCCAUUUACUUGGGCUGAUUACAACAAAUCAUUAAGAUAGUUAAAGUACUUACUAAAUUAUAUGCGUAUUUUACAGUCAAUUAGCUGUAUUUAGCGAUAUAUUGUAAGUAUUUGAGAUAUUUCGUUAUUUCUUUCUAUAUAUAUAAGCAGUAUUGAAAUAAUUUACAUAAAUUGCGCGUUUUGCCGUGAAUGUUAAAGUUGAAUGAACAUUAGUAAGUUGGGAGGUUUAAUAAAUACUGCAAAUUAAUAGUUUAAACUAGUGUGAACGUAUUUGUUAUUAUGAAAGGUGAGGGUAGAUUUAUUAUUAAUAAGUGGUAAUCACCGAGGUAUUUUAAAUAUAUAAUCUAAGUGCAAUUAUUAGUGAUAUUAAACCAUGAUUCUUGGUUAUUUACUGCCAUUUAUAAUAUUAAUAUUUUAACAAUAUCAAUUAGGAAAAUUAUUUAUUAUGCCUAGAAAUCAUUUUUAUUAUUGAGUUUCAAAGAUUUCGUUAUGAUUAAGUAUAAGAAUGUUAACCUAUAUUUUUUAUGUUAAAUUCUUUAUUGUUUUAAAAUGUGUUUUGAGAUAUUUUAUUGACAAGGUCUAGAGACUAGAUAAUCAAGUUGUUUGGGGAGUUGUUUAAAAAUACAAGUUUAAAUAUUAGCCUAACGUUCCACUCUAAAAACUAUGUAAACGAAAUAAAUGAGAUACAACUCGUAACAAAAAUCGUAUUGACUUGUAUUUGAGAAUAUUAUGAAAAUGCACCUUAUAGUAAGUACAUGGGUAAACAUUAUAUAUUUUAGAUACAAUUAAUGUUUGAUGCCAAUUAUUGUAAUGAUUAAUCAAUUCAUUUACCUGACUUAU